AUGGCUUCCCCAUCUGUUCUUACACCAAAUGCAUUUCCCACCUUCCCUCUGCCACCAACGGUCAUCACAAGCCCACCUACAUCUGUUGAAGCCGUUCAAAAAACUGAGCUCGAUGCAUCGAAGCUGACCUACACCUUUAUUACCGUCCCAUCGCCAAUUCCAGACGAAGUCUCAGCCAGCCGCAGCGACGUAACCAUCGCCACCGACCACAUGAUCACAGCAACCUGGGACGUUUCAACGGGCUGGGCCGCCCCCGAGCUAAAACCCUACGGGGCCUUCCAGCUGUCCCCGGCGGCCUCCUGUCUCCACUACGCAACCGAGUGCUUCGAGGGCCUGAAGGUCUACCGUGGCUUCGAUGGCAAACUCCGCAUCUUCCGACCAGAGCAUAACUGCACGCGCAUGCGCCUCUCUGCACGCCGCGUCUCGCUUCCCCCCUUUGACCCCAUCGAGCUCCAGAAGCUGAUCGCCGUCCUCAUAUCCAUCGACUGCCCCCGCUGGCUGCCAAAGACCCGCGCCGGCAGCUUCCUGUACAUCCGCCCAACCAUGAUAGGCACCCAUGCGCAGCUGGGCAUCCAAGCACCCAAGGCAGCUCUGCUCUACAUAAUGCUCGCCUUCAUCCCGCGGCUGGAUAGUCCCGUUGGCGGGAUGCGCCUGCUCACUUCGCCGCAGGAUACAAUCCGCUCGUGGGUCGGCGGAUUCGGAUACGCAAAGGUCGGUGCGAAUUACGGGCCGGCACUUGCCGCCGGGCAAGGGGCGCAGCGGGAGGGGUUCCACCAGACGCUGUGGCUGUAUGGGGAUGGCGAGUGUACGGAGGCCGGGGGGAGCAAUUUCUUCAUUGUUUGGCGGCGGGAGGAUGGGAGGAUGGAGGUGCUUACUGCGCCGUUGGAUGAUGGGAUUAUCCUUGAUGGGGUUACGCGGCGGUCGGUGAUUGAUGGGCUGAGGGGGGGCGUUGCUGGGGAUGUCGAGGUUACCGAGCGCAAGUAUUCCAUUCAGGAGGUGCUGGAGGCGAGCGCUCAGGGGAGGAUUCUCGAGGCGUUUGUCACGGGGACUGCGUACUUUAUCUGUCCCGUGUCACUAAUUCAACACAAUGGGAAGAAGAUUCACAUCCCGAUGGGCGAUGAGGGGAAGCCGGGGGAUAUUACUGGGCGAGUCAAGGGGUGGAUUUACGACAUCAUGUAUGGGCGGCAGCAACAUCCGUGGGGGGUGGUGAUCCCCGACGGUCAAUCCAUGUGA